AUGCUCUCUCUGGACGGUCUUCAAUAUACAAAGACGGCACCAGCAUCGAGUCAAUCAGAGUCUGAAACGGCGACGAUCGGCGGAUUAGAGGAUGGCCUACUCUGGGCAGCUGGGGACGAUGUCGAGUCAUCACAGCGAAGACGCAAAGCUCGCAUGAGCGAGGUCGAUGAAGCCACGCAAUUGCGUCGACGAGCGCAGAACCGCGAGUCUCAGCAGGCCUACCGGCAACGUAAGGAGGAAUACAUCCAGGGUCUCCAGGAACAGAUCCUCGCGCUCCACCUUCGACAUCGAGAUCUGUGGCAGUCGUAUCUAUCCCAGGGUAGACGCGUGGGCUUGCUCAGAGAAGUGGUUGCGGACCUCGCCUCAGAGAUCGCCAUCUUAAAGGAACGACAGGGACGGGGAGUACGGCCGACAUCGAAUAAUGGGAAGCAACCCUUGCAGGGUGACCAGGAAUAUGCACAGCACAGGCUGUAA